AUGGGCCCCUUCUACCCUGCACUCCCAGCCAUGACAAAGCUUGGCCUGUGGUGGCUCCUUCUGAUUCCAGCAGCGCAGGCGCCACAAGCCCGCCCCGGCCAAGCGGAGGACCGGCUCUUCAAACACCUCUUUAGGGGCUACAACCGCUGGGCGCGGCCGGUGCCAAACACCUCAGACGUGGUCAUCGUGCGCUUUGGGCUGUCCAUCGCCCAGCUCAUCGAUGUGGAUGAGAAGAACCAAAUGAUGACCACCAACGUCUGGCUAAAGCAGGAGUGGAGCGACCACAAACUGCACUGGAAUCCGGCCGAUUUCGGCAACGUCACAUCCCUCCGGGUCCCAUCAGAGAUGAUCUGGAUCCCCGACAUUGUCCUCUACAACAAUGCAGAUGGGGAGUUUGCAGUGACCCACAUGACCAAGGCCCACCUCUUCUCCACGGGCGUCGUGCACUGGGUGCCCCCGGCCAUCUACAAGAGCUCCUGCAGCAUCGACGUCACCUUCUUCCCCUUCGACCAGCAGAACUGCAAGAUGAAGUUCGGCUCCUGGACGUACGACAAGGCCAAGAUCGACCUGGAGCAGAUGGAGCAGACGGUGGACCUGAAGGACUACUGGGAGAGCGGCGAGUGGGCCAUCGUCAACGCCACGGGCACCUACAACAGCAAGAAGUACGACUGCUGCACCGAGAUCUACCCUGACGUCACUUACUACUUUGUCAUCCGGCGCCUGCCUCUCUUCUACACCAUCAACCUCAUCAUCCCCUGCCUGCUCAUCUCCUGCCUGACCGUGCUCGUCUUCUACCUGCCCUCCGACUGCGGGGAGAAGAUCACCCUGUGCAUCUCUGUGCUGCUCUCGCUCACGGUCUUCCUCCUGCUCAUCACCGAGAUCAUCCCCUCCACCUCCCUGGUCAUCCCGCUCAUCGGCGAGUACCUGCUCUUCACCAUGAUCUUCGUCACCCUGUCCAUCAUCAUCACGGUCUUUGUGCUCAAUGUCCACCACCGCUCCCCCAAAACCCACAAUAUGCCCCACUGGGUGAAGGUGGCCUUUCUCGGUUGUGUGCCCCGGUGGCUUCUGAUGAACCGGCCCCUGCCACCCUUGGAGCUCCAUGACCCUCCAGAUCUGAAGCUCAGCUCCUCCUAUCACUGGCUGGAGACCAAUGUGGAUGCAGAAGAGAGGGAGGAGGAAGAGGAGGAGGAAGACAGAUGGGUGACAUCCCCCUCCAUAGGUGUCCUCUACAGCCAUGGUGGUCUGCACCCAGAGGUCUUGGGUCCCAAGGUGGAGGCUCACUUGCAGAAGGGUGGGCCGCUGCUGUCACCUCGCAUGCUGAAGGCACUGGAAGGCGUGCACUUUAUUGCUGAUCACCUGCGGUCUGAGGAUGCUGACUCUUCAGUAAAGGAAGACUGGAAGUAUGUGGCCAUGGUCAUUGACAGGAUAUUCCUCUGGCUGUUUAUCAUCGUCUGCUUCCUGGGGACCGUGGGACUCUUUCUUCCUCCGUAUCUGGCUGGAAUGAUCUGA